AUGCUACAUUUUAAUGUUAUUCUGAAAAUGGCUCAGCAGUUAUCAUUACAAAUGGAAGAAAGUCAUACUAAAAAGACAUUAUUUGUUGGCAUUUUCUUAGCUUUUGGAGCUUAUAUUUUAUAUCAUAGAAUUAUGGGAAGUCCUGUUAUGCCAACAACAGAAACAAAUGAUAAAAAAGAUUCUAAAAAAAUAAAAACAAAGGCUUUUAUUGAAAAUAGUGAUCCUACAUCAGGAGACUGUUCUACUGCUACUCAGGGAGGAUGUAGUAUCAGUUCUACUGCUGAUUCAAAUGAUAUUAAAAGAGAUCGCCCUAUUUCAAAAAAUCAAUCAGCAGUUGUUUCUCAAUAUUUAAAUUGUUCAUUACAAAAAAAUAUUUAA